AUGAACGUCUCAAACGAGAGUAGUCGACCAAUCGCAGAAGUCAUCGGCGUUCUGCAUCUCAAUAGUGAAGGUUUUGUACAAAGUUUCAUUCGUAUGAUUUUUGCGUUUCAUUCGAUUCCUCUUAGUUUGAAAUUCGUAAAACAUCAUUGAGACCCGAGAAGGUCUCAGAAAUAUUUCAAACAAAAAGAUUAUUAAGUUUUUAAUAAACGAGAAAACUCGUAGAAGCUCAAAAAUAAUGAUAAAAGUUCAAAUCCCCGAAAAGCUUUGAGAUGAACUUUUUUUAUCGAAAAAAAAGGCAAAAACCUUUGUAAUAUGAUUUUCAUACCUUUGCCCUUGAUGUUUAGUUGGGACUGAAAAAAACAAAAUAUUAGAUUCACUCAUCAAAUUUUUAUGUACGACGGUAAAAAGGAAAGAAAUCUGAUAUAAAUUUGCUUGCAAACAGUUUCGAUUUCAGAUUCAGUCCCUACAGUUCUCUACGAAUUUCCUUCGCAAUAUGUAACCGAUCCAGUGCCUGUACAAUCAAUCUCGAAGGUACCUUUGUUACUUAUUGAAUCGACAAAAGUUCAAUGUAAAUCAAGUUUGCCCGACCUCGAGGAUGGUUCAACGUUGUGGACCCUCCGCCUUCAGAAUAUUUCUAUCAGAUGCUGACCACAGAGCUGGGUGAACGUCGCUUCGCAUACAUUUUCAUUGUACGUCUCGAUAAGUAAUAGUGUAUCACUUUCAUCAUUACUUUUUUUUCUCAAAUUCACAUUGAAGGAUGUAUCUCAUUAGGAAACUUUUGUUGAAAAGACUUUUUUUUUGGCAGAACUGUGUACUUUUCUAGAACUAACAAAAAAUUUUUCGAUGAAGUUUUUUGGUUAGUGAUUCUGAAAAAAAUGCCCUGUCAAGUUUUUGAAAAAAAAAGAAAUUGAUGGAAAAUCAGAAGACGCACAUCUUUGAAAUGAAAUUGAAUUUUUGCAUUUUUCUAUUAUAAAACUUUCCUGAGAAUUUUCAUUUAAAGCAGAGGCUCUGUGUACAAAAAAAUUCAUAUAUUUUUGGACAGAUAGAAUUUUUUUCUGGAAAUUCCGGUUCAUAAGUAUUCGAAGAACAUCGGUUCUGAAAUUCCAUUUUAUCCAAGUUCUGUUUUUUUUUUCGUCUAAUAAUUUAUGCAACUUGAGAGCUGGGAAUGUUCAAGCAACGCGGAGCACAAUGGCCCUUUGAGCUCAUCUACUAGCGCAGUUGCCGUUUCUUUUGUGGCAGUUUCAAAAUGCUUCUGCCCGGAAGCGUUCAGAGUAAAGAAUCAAUGUUUUCAUUGAAUUCGAUUUCUCAGGCGUUGCUCGUCGAAAUGUCCAUGAUGAUGCGAGUGGAAGAUUUGCCGAAUAAACUGUCUGCAGAGGAGCUCAUUUCAACAAUUUUGUUUCAACGUGUCCAAUAUGGGUGAAUAUUUUGAACAAAAUUGUUCGUCUCACUCGGGUCUUUUACGGUUUCCGAGAUUUCCCAAAUUACCGAAGUUUCGAAGUUUCCCGUUUUCAAGAGCUUUUGGAAAUUUGAUGGAAUCCACGUACUCAAGUGAAACGAAUUUUCUUUAAAAUAAGUUUGAUUCCGAAGGUCUACUUUUUUCAGACGAUGGAAAACAGUAGAUUUGAAUCGACUGCGGUUGACGUUUCCCGGCGAAUCGUUCCCACAGUUGAAUUACACAGGAACAGAUGUCGCCAAAUUAUUCAGUCAUUUAGGUGAUUUUCCAUCUGAAAAAUCUUGAUUCAUCGAGUUCCAGGAAUGCAAAACGUUACAACGAUUGUCCAUGCAGUUCUCUCCGACGCUCGGGUUGUCAUUUCCAGUUCAUCGAUGAUGCGGCUCUCGGAGGCUCAAAAUGCCAUUUGCUCUCUUAUUUACCCUUUCUCUUAUUUGUAAAUUUUUUCAUCGUUUCCAAAACUCGGGCUGAAAAUUAUUCAGACAUUCGUGUGUUACUGUACUUCCCGAGUCUCUGGCAGAGCUGCUCGAAUCUCCAACGCCUUAUCUGAUUGGCGUUUUGACAGAACUUGUUGCGGUAACAUUUUUUGUGGUUCAUUUGAUCAGAAUGGAGUUUUAGGAGAAACAGGAAGAUUAUGUUCUCGUGUUGUUAGAUCGUGGAGAAGUGAGGGUUCCGCGGAAAAAUGUCAUUUACGAAGCGACAAACGCGUAUUCAGAAAGACUUUUUCUGCCGUCUCCAAUUAGUAUGUUUUUGCAUUUCUUUUCUUAGAAUUUUUUUAUUUUUUUAUUUUUUUGAAACAAAAAAAUGCUGCCUUGAAAAAAAGAAAGUUUUUCUAAAUUUUGUUUGAUAACUCACUAAUUUUUAGAGGCUUUUUCUCCAUCGAACCUCUCCACAACCUUUUAUCCGAAAAAAGGAUCUGAAAAUAAAAGCAUUUUUUCCAGGUACUCUUUCCGGAUGCAGAGACGGACGACGUUGCUUUGAGAUCGAGGAGACCUACAGAAUCCAAGCCCAAACAAACUUUAGUUUAUUCUCAUUUUAAAAGCUUCCUAAUAAUAGACUUCAGGAUAAAGAGCUUCGCGCAUGUUUUUUGAUCUAUUUCUGUGAGAUCUUAUUUGGAUAUCAAUAUUUCAUCUUGUACAGUCGCAAACAUGGGUUGAGGUCAUUCACAAAAGGAAGAAGUCCUCUGAUAACUUUUCACGCAGCUGCUUUUUGUGGAUUCCGGUUUUCAGCUCUUACUUGAUUCUAAGAUUUGAUGUGGUUAUUUUAGAGGAAUCGACUGUGAAUUCACAACUCACAUCUUGACGAGUGCCUACUUUCAAGUAUUCUGUUCAAUCAGGGCAAUUCCAUACAGACAAAUUGACAUUUUCGACAAGGUUAGCCAAACAAAACUUUUUCAAAACGUUUUUUAGAUCUGCUGCUGGGAAGAACUGGAUAAAUGUAUUCGAACUUCUCAUGCUUGGGACACCGUCACACAGCUUGGUAUGAUCACGGAAAUUGCGGAUUACUUUUUGAAAAUGGUUUUCCAUCCAAUUUACCUAAAAAAAAAACGUUUAUAAUAGGAGCGCUUUCUGCAAGUUGACGCGCUACCACAAUCCGAGUGCCUCAAAAAAAUUCGUCGAAUCAAUGUAAUUUUGGUAUGGUUUCAUUGAAUAUCACUUGAGAAGUUCAAUUUAUAGGCGACACAAAGCUGGGAGAACUUCAACGUGAAGACAGAAGAACAAAUUGUAAAUGACGGCGAAGAAGUUUUCGUCCCUGUUCCCGAAAUAGAAGUUCAUCAUCAAUAUCAUCGAAAUUCCGAAUCGAUACAUAGGCAUCGGUUGGAAGUGAGUCUAAACACAAAAAAAAAAUCUGAAAAUGAUUGUUUAAAGAAAAAGAUCGACUUUUUCAAGGAACGUAAAUAACUUGUAUAGCAAGAGUUUGGUUGUCUUUGAUUUUUUUCGUAAAUAGAUAAAAAGAAUUCAUUUCCUUUGCAAAAAUAUGUUUAAGUUAUCUCUCACUAUUCGAGUUGCUUUUUCCAGAGAAGCUAAAAUGCUUCCUUAUGUCAGAAUGCAAGGACUUCUUUUUCUUUCUUUUUGAAAAAUAGAGAAAAAAACAUUCUUCUCGUUUUUUUGUUAGGGAAAUGAACUUAUUUUUCUAGUAUAUGAAAAAGAACUUCUAAGACAAUACAGGAAAAGCAAAAAGAGUUACCGUAGCUGUUUUUCAGGCUCUGAGGACAUUCAUCAAGAACUUGUUUGCCGGAGAAAUCAACGCAGCACUGAAACGAAUGGCUGCAGUAGAGUUGUCCAUGCGGUUUGCACCUGUUCGUGCCGAGUUUUGUCGCCACCUUGCUCGAAAUCUUUCCAAGGCCAUCAUGGGAAGUGACCAAUUCGACAUCAUCACUCGUCUUGUUAAUUGUACCCUCGAGGUCAUUCAUUUCUUUUGAAAAAUCAGAAAAAAAAAUUUACAUAUAGCUUUUCUUCAAUUUCAGUUCAGUGUUUCGAAAAUUCUCUUCAUUUCUUUUGACUAUAUAUAUACUUUCCCUACCUAUUUAAAUUUUGCAAACCUCUUUCUAUCAGGAUUUUUUUCCGGGAAAAAUUGAAUAUGCUUCAAGGUCUAAUGGUUUCUUGGUCCUGGGCAGAAAAAUAAAACUGGUGGCCAGAAAAAUUCAUGAAAAAAAUUUAGCAUUUUUGUCUAGAGCCAGAUGUGAAAUUAGUGCGUACAGUACCGUCACGAAAAAAUACGAAAAAAAAACGUUGUUUGAUCAAAACUUUCUGGUGUGGGGUUUAAUUGCUCUGAAACGUUUUGGAGUCGUGGGGACUGUUAUUUGUAACCCUCUGAUCAAAAUUUAUUGCGCAGAAAAAAAACGCAGCUUAGAAAAUUUCCAAAAAAAUUAGGCUCCAUACGAGGAAAUGGCGGGCAAAAAUAUUUUUCCUUUCUGACGGUGCCGUAUGUUUUUUCUAGUUUCUCAUAUUAAAUAUUUGUCCUUGGUCUAGAAUAUCAAAAAAGUAUUAUUUCUAGCAUGAAGAUCGUAGAGACGUGAAUGGGGUCGUUUUUAAGCUCCUCCACUUGUCCACUAUCUUCUGUCGGGUUCGGUUUCACAAUAAAUCAUUUUCCGUAUUUAGAACUUUCAGAAACUUCCUCGUGGUACCUAUCAGUACGUAUACACUGUCAUUCAACAUCAUAAAGUUUGGAAAAAUGUUCACUUUUGGACAAAUUGUUUCUAUUAUGACGUUCACAGCGCUUGGUAUCAAGAAAAUAACUGGCCGGAAGACGAAGAUAAGGUGAAUCAGAAAAAUUAAACGGAAGCCUGAACAUGAGAAGAUUUUUUGAGAGAUGUCUAAUGAAAACUUCAGACUUCAGUGUUAGAAAAAUAUAGAAAAGAAAACUUCGAUCUUAUUUUUUUGCAUACAGGUUAAUCUUUUUCGAAAUUUUUUUGGAAAAAUUCAUAUUUUGAACACUCUGGUAGGUUUGCAAAUUUCAGAAGAAGUUACAGAAAGGUUGAACUACAGAAAAAGAUUGAUGUUAUGAAUAAAAAGGAAAUGGUUACUGUUCGUUCAUAGACAGAAUUCUGUGGCGUGGUAGGAAAAAGAACCAGGAAAGUUAUAUUUUUUUCUCCACUGCGAUAACGUUCCACUUUGAUUCAAAAAAAUUUUAAGUCAAAUGGAAGAUAAAUAGAUGAAAAAAAUAAUAUAUAAACUAAUUAAAUCAUUUUGUUAUAUUCUAUUUCCUGAUGUUUCCCUGAGUUUCCUGUAUGUGUUAAAAAUUCUAAAUUUUUUUGAAGGAGUCGCAUCGUAUUCUCGUAUUUUUUUCGAUACUUUUUGAAGGAAGUAUAACUUGGUUCAGGGGCAAAGCCUAUGGGCGCUUGCCACGCGGCCGUGUGCAAUGGAAAUUGCCGCAGAAGAGGCUCGUCCACAGUCGCCAAGUCUUUCAGAAGACGUCUAUCAGCAGGUUAGGAAUUACAAGGACUGAACUGUAACUUUGAGCUCAAUUAGUUUUGCCUUUGUUUUACAAAAGUUUUCAAAUUUUUCUCUUGGUCAACGCGACGAUUAACACUUUUUUUCAUGGUUCAGCAGACAGGCCUUUUCUGAAUACUUAAUAAAGUUGUGAAACUUCUUAAAAACUUUAUCUUCUUCUCUUCUAUUAUCUGGAGAAUCUUCAACUAUCUCAUAACUUUGUUUCCCUUAGAGUUUUCACAAAAGAAAGGAAAUUUUUCUUUGCGGUUGAUAACUUUAUGAAAAUUUGCCAGACCACUCCUUAAUGUACUUGAAAGAGUUCUUGGAAAUCUCAACUUGCAACUUACUAGUUUUCAGUAAAUAAAGGCCCAAAACCCCUAAAUAUUUUAUUUCUAUGAGCCUUGAGAGUUUUAUCGAACUAUGAACUGUCCGUUCUCAAAACUAGAAAGGUCAAGACUUUCAGCAUUUUCAUUUAGUAUGUACAUCAAGGAGCGUUCUGUCAAAUUUUUAGAAAAUCCAAAACGCAAAGUGAAAUGACUUUUCUUGUCAAAUGAACCUUGUUUCCAGGAGAACGAUAUAAUACAAGCUCAAGCUAAACAUUACAUCAACCUUAUGAUUUGUGUGAUGGUGCCGAUGGAUGUUCUGAAAAGCCAAGCCCUUUUUCCUACUGACGAAGAGGUAAAACGGAAAGAUGUAUUUCUAACUAACAGAUUUAUUUUAGAAUAACACUAGUGGAUUGGAAAAUGACAUUGCAGUAGAAACUCUACAAGUAAAAAGGAUUUCACUGAGGGAGACCAACAGUUUUCAUCGUUUUGUAGAACAUCACAAAGGAAAUCGGUGUUUUUUUGGACCGAAUUCUCGCGGUUAGCGGCCGACCGAACAGCAUUCUGAGCUCGGAGAUCCAAAAAUACGUGGACGCCCACGCCGAAACUCUACAAGAUGUUUAUAAUGACUCGGCUGCUUUGUCUACAACUGCCAAGGUCAGAGGAAAAAUGAAUAGUCCUUCGUAUGGUUUUCUAAAAUUUCGAAGCAGAUGACAUGAACGUUGUUUCUUAAAUUUCAUCCUCAUUGCGCUCUAAUUUUUCUUUUAUUAAAUUUGAAAAGUUGCGACUUUUUUGUAGUCUGAUUUCACAUCACGGCUUUGUUGCUUUUUUGAUGGCUCACAAUUUUUCGCUAUUCUAAGCGUGAAAAAAAAAGUUGAAAUCUGACAGUGAAAUGAUUUUUGGGCAUAGGAGAGGAGCCGAAAAAAAAAAUAAAGACUAUGGUAAGAAAACGAAAUUGCAAUAACUCGAACUUUUUUCCAGAUCACCAUCCCUGGACCUCAUCUUCUUGCUCCUCAUGAGUUCCUGAUCAACAAUCCGAUUUCCUGUUUCCUCCUGGCUUCGGGUCACGAUCUCCCCGUUUUCCACACCGGCGAGGUCGUCAACCCGACAUACUGCAUUCUUCCAGCUUAUGGCGACCUGUACAUUACCAAUUACAGGCUUAUUUUCAAGGGGAAACCUCUUAACCUUGACGGUCGCUGGAUCUUUUUUGCAAUUAUUAUUUAUAUUUGAUUUUUUCAGUUUCCAACGAAAUUUUGAUGUACAGUUUACCAGUUUAUGCAGUGGAUACAGUGAAACGAGAAUCGGCCAAGAAAAGUUCAGUCAAUGGACUGAAGGUGGAAAAAAUAGGGAAACAGACAUUUAUCCCCUUUUAGGAUGCUGACAACGUUCAUGCGGUCGUCAUCGUCUUUUCGCGAACUUUUCAGUCGAUGAAACUUGCUUUCAGCUUAAAUGUGAGGCUGGACAUCAUUGAAAGUUUAUUAACAAAAAUCAAAAGUCCUACGAGUUUUUUUUUUGGCUUCAAGCCCUUUCUUCCAUCUAUUCUGGCCGAGAGUGAUUUUCGAACUAUUUUUCUAUUUUAUCCAAUAGAAUCGCUCAAUAUGCCGGCUUUCAAGAUCUCAUUUUCACAAGUAUUCCAUUGCUGUAAAUAUAACUUACCAGUUAUGGAGUAUAAAAGGCUUUUUUCAGGUCCGGUCAUUUGAAGUGGACAAAUUGCUGGAUGUUCUGAAAAACGAAAAAGUGAAGCCAUUUGGUUAUAACACGGUCCGACAUAUUAUCGAAAACACUUCAACGCUAACCAAUCAUCACAAAUAUGGCUCUUUGGGUGGAUCUCGUCGUCCUGAAAGUUUUAUCUUUCUAAAAAUUGUUUUAAGCCACAGUUUUAGUUCUCAAGAAAAAAGACGUUUGGAAGAUACGAGAUAUUGCCGGCGGCAGGGGAUCUUACUCAGUAAACAACGAUUUGAAUGGUUUGUUAUCAACUAAAGCUUGUAUGCUGCUUGAAAGUUUUUCAUUUCUUUUUGAAAUAUUUUUUUUUGGUGAAGGAAAUUUGGGAAAACAAAUUGAAGUCAAUUCGCAUUUUUUUAAAUUCAUUCUGUUUGCCGAAUGAAACCUCCCAAGACAUUUUCAAAAUAAUCGCACUUUUUCCUUUAGAUAUUGACCAUAACGCGACGCACGGAACUGCCGUUCAUCAGAAAUAUGCAGCCGUGGACUAUGAAAGGCUCGGUUUUUUGAGUGGCAACCCUAAUCUUCGCCUCAGCUACGCCAACAGCAACUACAAAAUUUGUCCGACGUAUGUCGAGUUUAUUUGAUAUAUCCGAUGAAAAAUUUAUUUUUCGCAGAUAUCCUGCUUGUUUUGUGAUACCCGCAGAAUGCUGUGACACGAGUUUGACCAAAGUUGCAAAGGUUUUUCAUUUUUUUUUUCGUUGUCGUUGAAAGAAAAAACUAAGUUCGCAGUUAAUUGGUCAAUUAACGACCUUGUAGCGGUUGUCUCAAAAGUUUUCGAGCUUUAUACCCGCAAAAAAUUUUAAUACUUACGGAUAUGAGAAUUCCGAACAAAGAUUCAGUUCUUUGAGCUAAAACUCAAUAUGCCUGAAUAGUAGUCCUUGAGGCCUCAACAAAGCUGGCGCGAGAUUUUUUUGAUCUUUUCCGCAUAAUUCAAGCUAAAAUUAACUUGAUCAAAGACAUUUCUUUGAGUAAGGGAGAUCUCAAUUUUUCAUAGAAAUAAAAAUUUUUUGAAAAUUUUGUCUGAUAUGAUACUUCUGUAGAGAAAGUCUAUUUUGAAAGAACUGGCUUCACAAUUAAAUAAAUAAAUUUUUAGCAAACAACUUUGUUCGUUUUUAGGGUUUUGUUGAGGAAAGGCUACCAGUUGUGACUUGGACAAGUGCCGACGGAUCCCUUCUUAUUCGCGGUAGCUCCUUCUCAGCUCGAGAUGUUGUCAAGAAAUUGAAGGUCAUUGUAUACUGUGAUAUUCUCAAAUACAGAGCUUCUUGUCAGAAAGCUGUAACUUCCCACCGGGCAACGAACACUUUGAGAGCCGCAGUGGAUUUCGGCGGAAGUCAACAAACUAUAGAAUCAAAAAACAGCGAUGAUAACUCUUCAUCAAGCGUUAUGACCGGCGCAGACAUCAGAAGUUCGGAGACACAAGUGAAUAUUUUCCAAAGUUUACCAAAUCAAGUCCACAUCCCAGAUUCACUAUUUUUCUCGGCUCAGCGCCUCGUCCCCAAAGAACAUUCCAGACCGAAUAUUUUCUACUGGUCUAAAGUUUGAUAGUGCGAACUUCCCUGAAGAGCUGGUCAUCACGAAGUUUGACAAGAAUGGUGUAAAAAUUUUUGAGAUUUAUUUACGAUCGUUUUUCAGAUGAGCACAGUGAAAACAGCCAAGAAGCCAUCAACGGUGACCCGGCUUUCGCAGAUUUCACAACAGUUCAAAGAAACUUUGCAAUCAGAUCAAGCGCCUUUUUUGGAAAAAGUUUGCUGGACAAUUGAUUUCUUUUUGUAACUCCAAAUUUUAGGAGAUUUUUCGGUGAAUCGAAACGCUGUUGAUGGCGCUCAGAAAAGUUUCCAAAAACAGCGAAAAUCUUUGUACAUCUUGGUUGAGAAAGGCUACGCUCCAAAGGCAAGUUUAAUUUAAAAAUAUCGUCGAUUUUCAUUUUUUUAGAUAAGGCUGGAAGGAUCCAUUGAAGUUGUCACUAUAAAGCAUCCAAAAGAGUCCACUUUGAAAAGAUCAUUUUCCCGAUUGUUGGAGUUUAUGAAAAACGAGCCGAGCGAGUCUGAUCAAGAGAUUUCGGCGUUCUCUUUCUCCAAUUGGCAAAACACCGGAUGGCCAUUGAUUGUUGGUUUUCCGUUUCUGAGGCUUAUAAAACUUCAUGCAAUGUUCAUAAUUAGGAAUCAAAAAAGAAAAUAAUCACACAAUGUUCUAUGCUAUGUUUUUUUUCGAACUCGGGCAAAACUGAAAAGCUCCCCAAAAGCUUUUCUCAAAAAAAGACCUCGCAAGGGUCCCCAGAAGAUCUUUUUUUAUAACUUUUCACUUUUUUUGCAUCUUUUUUUCACAUCGUCUGACAAUAAGGAUGCUGGAAAGCAACUAAAAAUAUUUGAGAGAAUUCAAAAAGGAUCCUCUGGAGCUAUAAAAAAGAUGCUCAAAAGCUUUUUUACAUCAUCCUUUCAGGUGCUUUUAAAGGAAGAGUUUUAUCUCCCUCUCAGGAUCCUUUAAGAAUCCUCAAAGGAACUUUUCCGUUUUACCUAUGAAUACUUUUUCGAGCUCUUUAUUGCAGCUUUCAAACGCUAUUUCUUUGGCUAAUUCGAUUGUUUCGCUGAUGUCGCUGAACAAAUCUUCUGUGAGAACUUUCUAAUAUUUUUUUUCAAUCAUUCAUUUUCAGGUUGCGAUUUGUUUGGAACAAGGUCGCAAUUCAACAGCCAUUUUUUGCUCUCUUGUGCAAUUACUAAGUGAUGCGUUUUAUCGAUCUUUUGCUGGGUUCCAGGUUUUCGAAACACUUUGCGGUAGCAAAAAAUGAACUUUUUGCAGGUUCUGAUAGAAAAAGAAUGGCUUGCAUUUGGUCAUACUUUUGGAAAUUCUUCUGAACACUACAAUCCAGCUUUCCUGGUUUUUCUGGACUGCGUUCAUCAGGUUAGUGCAAAGGAAAAAAAAAGUCAGACUUACUCAUUUUUCAGAUCCAUACUCAAUUUCCCGGCGCUUUUGAGUUUUCUCAGUUCUACAUACGUUUUGUUGCCUAUCACUCCAAUUCCGGCUUCUUUCGGACUUUUCUGGAAGAAAAUGAGAGCAAGAGAAUGAAAAUGGAAGUUAUAGCGCCAGAAUCAGUCAGUGUACAUGGGAUGGUUAUUUGGACUUACAUUCAGGUGAUUUUUACAAAAGAAAACUAUAUUAGCAGCUGGUUGUGGAAAAGCCCAUUUGUCUAAUUUUCGCAGCGUAGUACAUCUUUAAUUUUGCUCAAACACUGUUUCUGCGAAUCGGAUGAAAUUCCGAUGGGGAGUUUCCAAAGACUUUUACCUUGUACUUCAGAAAGUGUUUUGAAAUUUUCCUGAAAAUUCUGUAAUUCAAAGUAAAAUGACCAUUUUCGAGAAAAUUGAGCUUAAAAAACUGUCUAUGUUGCCGUGGUCUGCUGAAAAUUCCUGAUAAUUCGGACGAAGAGAACAUAAUUUUUUCCUUUUUUGACAACUUUAUGUCUUAUUUUUUUUGCAGAACUCUCGGAAAGAAUCAUCCGUUUUUGAUAACACAUUGUUCGCUGAAGGUCAACAUUUCUUCCUAUUCCCAUCUUCUUCCCUUUCUCAAAUUGCGAUUUGGAAGUACUUCGAAGAGGAAAACUUCCAUCAUGGGACACAGUAUGACCUCGGUGAGUUUAUCAAACACAAUAAUGAAACAGUUGAUUUCUUUCAGAAUGCGUGAAAAUGGAAAUUGUGGGUAGCAACUUGCAAAGCUGGGGCACUGACAAAACCUCCGAAACUGUUGAUUUGACCAAGCGAUGCUGCGAUCUCGAUCCAUUGACGUCUUCAGAGGUUUCAUGUGUUUUGGUCAUUUUAAAAAAAUCUCUAGAUUCUCUACCAGAAAAAUCUCUACAACUUAGAGACAAAAAUCCUAAAAGCACAAAAAACUCUUUCAAUUUCAAUGAAUAAUGCCUCUAAUUGAUAAAAUUUCCCUUUAUUGAUCGGAAAAUUCCCUGAAAACGUUAAAGCGCUUUUUCUAAAAAAAAAAAUGGUAUGACUCGAUUUUUCAAAACCUUCAUCCAGUACAUCAUAUACCUUCCCAGAAGAAGUUCUAAAAUUUAAGAGCGAAAAAUAAACUUCUCUGAGAGAAAAUAUGGAUCCUAACAGCGUCUUUUUUUCCAGGACAAGAUUACUGAGACCAACUUAGAUCCCGGGAAAUACAAAAACAAGCCUUUCGUGAGUUUUAAUGAUUCAGCAACUUUUUUUUAUUAUUGCCAGGCUAUUUCCAUUUACUUGAAAUGCCUAUAUUGGAAAAAUUCAGAAAACUUUUUCAACUUUCAUGCUUUUUAGAAUAAUAUAUACGGGUUUUGAAAGUUCAUGCUUGCGAAAAAUUAAAUAAAAAAAUAUUCUGAUUUGAAUCUUUCGCAGUUGACAUUUCUUAAAGAAGUGCGUUUUUCAAAAAAAUGAUAAUGAUAAAAUAGUCAGAUAAAAACUUUAUCUUUUUCAAAAAACUUAAGUUUUAAGUGAAACUAGUUUUUUUUGUAAGAAUAGAUCGAUUAGCUUUCAAAACUGUACCUUGCUGUAAUGGGAAACAAAACUUGGAAUCUGUCUUGAAGGUCCACCGAAAUGCUGAGAAGCAUCUUCUCUCCGAGUCAGUCCCAUUGGAACAUCUCCAACGAAGAAGCGCCAUGGAGCUUUUUCGUGCUUCGAAUGACAACGAGUUCGAUUCCGCAACGGAUGACGCAUUGUGAUUAUUUUCUGAGACCUCACCUAAAUUGGUAAUUUUCCAGGAAGCUUAAACAACAUAAACUCGUAAACUUCGUUCCUGGCCUCAUUCCUGCAAAAUGCGGUCGUUGCGGCCUCAUGAUCACCAAGUGGUCCAGAGGUUUAUCAUUGAUUUGAUAUUAUAAAUGAAUUUUUUCAGCGAUUCAAUGCCGAAAGUGUCGUUUCCACGUUCAUCGGGACUGUGUGCGUGACGAAUUCAUUUCUUUUGGCGUCAGUCACAAAUUGGACAGCUCUUCGGAGGGCGCAGAAGAAGUUCCGGUCCCGAAUGAAGCCAUUGCAGAGAUGCGUCCAUCAACCUCGUUCCUUAUUGAAAAUGGUGAGACCUACAGUAUUUGUCACACAUUGAAAUGCCGGUUUCGAAUUUUUUCGCAUUUCUGAUCCGUGUGAUUGGCAUUUUCAUUUCAAUCUUCGUUUUCUAACUCCUCCCAUGUCUUUUAUGAAAACAAUUUUGAGACACCUUGUUUCGAAACAAUUGAAAAAAAAAUUCAUUUUUUACUAUACUAUAACUAUGAAACCUUGAAGUUUUAUUGGAAUGUGGCUUACGAAAACUCUCCACAGAGUUUUAUCAAGAGAAACCCUUUUGCUUCUAUUAGACAGCUACAAAAUGUUUGACAAAACUCCUCUAAGAUCUUUCAACCAAAAAGUCAAAAAAAAACAGAAAAACUGAGCUUUAUCAAUAACUUUUGCAGUGCCGUUAUUAAAAACCUAAUUUCAAAUCUGAUUAGGGAAUCAAAUUGUUUUUUUGGUAAAUGAUAUUAAAUUAAAUCAUGAACAAAAUGGUUCCCUGAGAAUAACCUCAAUGAGAAAAGUUGUUUGAAUGGCUUUCGACGAGAUUUUUCUUUAAAAAAAAAUAUUUGUUCUGCUCAUGGCUUUGAGUUGAAAGAAUGUUUUCCUCGCUCUUGAGAAUUCAGAGAAAGUUCCCGUUUAGGCACUACAGAGAUUUUUCAUGUUGAAGUGCCGAUUCCAGAGAACUCGAGAAACAAUACGUUGAACUUGGCCGAGGAAAGAGUGGCCUCGACUCUCCAAGUGCCGGUCCCUCCGCUUUGCACUGGAUACUUGAGCAAACGUGGCGCCAAGCUCAAACUUUGGGUUCCCCGUUACUUCGUACUCUAUUCUAACGUUCCAAAGGUUCGUUGAAACGCCGAUGUAAAAAUGGGGGUUGUUUAAUUUUGUAGAUCUGGUAUUAUGAUGACUUUGAUCAAUGGCGACGUAAUUCGAAGCCAUGCGGGUGUAUUGAUUUGUCCGAGUUCACUGGAAUGGAUAUCGACGAGGUUCAUCGAAGACCCAUUUUUGAGGUCGGUUCGAGCAGAACAUUUCCUCACAAUUUGAUCGUCCUCUCCAGCAAACAAUUUUUGCAGCUCAAAACCAAACUCCGGAGCUACAAAUUGAUGACCGACUCUUUCAAUGACAUUAUCCGCUGGAAGGAUUGCAUUGAACAAGUCGUCAAAGAAUAA